GGGAUUUGUAAGUUUUUCUGCUUUGCCUGUGGAGUUGGUCACGUGAUGAAUGACAUCACUCGUCAGCUUCUGUUUUCAUUUCGUUUGGUUAUAUUUAUGCAAGUGUUUGGUCUCUCUGCUGCCAAUGCCGGCUGGUUGAUGCUUUACGGACUUUUCAUUGUUGCAGUAUCUUCAGCAAUCUGUGCGUUCCUGAUUGACAACGUCAAAAUUCCAUAUUUGUCCAAGAGGCUUGGAAGAAGGAAGGCAUGGCAUUUGAUAGGCAUUGUGGUGGGUGCAAUUGUCACUCCAUUCUACUUCAGCUCCUGUUUCCUUUGUCAGAGCGAUCAAGGGCAAUGGCAACUGAUGAUAUAUAUCGCAGGUCUUAAUACAAUCUUGUCAUUUUCAUUCGGCAUGAUUGAAAUUAGCCAUCUUUCGAUUAUCCCUGCCAUCGCUAAAGAUCAAAGCGAAGCUGUUGAAUUGAACGCAUGGAGGUAUGGCAUUUUUUUUUUUUAUUUAUCCUCUCAGUAACAUUAAAUUGAAAUUUCUUUUGUAUUAAGGUGGUUUUAAGUUAAGUUGUUCGUCGAUGUUUCAAGUGAACUGAGGAGACACUGGGACUGCGACCAAUGUAAUUGGCUCACCGUUGUUGUGGCACCCCUGCCUAUUAAGCAUUUAAUUAUUACUCACUGUUCAGUAACAGGCGAAGGUAAUAAAAUAAAAUAAAUAAACAUAUAAGUCUGAAAUUUUCUUAUCACAGUUUAUUCGUUUUCUUAAAGGACUGCUUUUUCCUUCUUGAGUGGCAUUGUGACCUUCAUCGUGGCAUGGUUGAUAAUAGGACAAGAUAGCAGCGACCAUAUAUCGGCAGAGAACUCGAUGGACUUUACGGUAUAAAUACUUGGAAUAUUACUUAAACAAUAUAAAUAUAUAUUGCGCGCACGAAAGCACGUUCUUUUAGCUUCUUUUCUCCUUUACAUUUCAGGUUUUGACUUUAAUUCUGGUUGGAAUAAGUCUACUAUUUGCUGUAAUCUUUCACGUUGGAACAAAAGAACCUUCUGAAGAAAGUGUUGGAGAAAUAUCCAAAAACGAACCGGUAAGAUUUGGUAAAUGUUUACCUAAUAACCCACCCUUAAUAUAAAUAUCCGGAACCAGUAAAUAUUAAAUAUUAAUUGUAACUCAGUAACAGCUUUUCCGCGUAACUUAAAUCGGUACGGUUCGGAAGGUGCAUUAUAGAGAACGCAGAGAGUUCCAAACUGUCUUUGGCACUAGGACAAAGCUCGCUUUAGACCAUACGGAGAAGACAAACUAUGAAUUGAAUAAAUGACGUUAUAAUUGUUUAAUAAGAAUAUGAAACUAAGCUAGGAGGGUUAAAUCUAAACUUGCCUUUGGUGCGAUUAUUUUUAAUCUGAAGCUGUUUUCUCCUUUUCUCCUUUUAGAGAAAGUUAUCUUUUAUUUCAUCACACACCGUGGUUAGCGAGAUGAUGUUUCAAGGAAAAGGUAUGAUUAAUUAAUUCAACCCAAAUUUAUCAAGUGUAGCUUCACCAAUUUGGUUUGGACACUCCAAUCACGUUUGGCAUGAUGUAGGGAGUCGUAUCUCCAAACACGGCCAGACGUACCAAUUCGAAAGAAGGAUACUCACAAGCGGUUUAGUAAGGAAAUGUUUCUUGCAAAUGCCUAUUGAUAUGGCACAGCCCAGUUUUUUUUCUUGGAAUAAAUUUCCAGGUUACGCGGCUGUUUGUUGCCUGUUGUCGGUUGCCAACAAUAUACGUUCAACAAAAACAGCGUUUUCAGAUGACGUCACGUCCGCCAUAUUUAUCGUUACAAAACUAUAAAAUGUCAGCCAUGUUGGUGUAUCAAACCAGUCCUUUGACAGUUGAACCUUUUUCUUGCAUAAGAACUUUCUUUUGUUGCAAUAAAUUUGCAUAGUAACAGGUCAUGUGAGUGGAAACGCUUUAUACAGCUAUUUCGAGAAAGGCCGUCCAAAAAUUUGCGCACGCGACAAUCCCGGAAGAUAAUAUGGGAUAUGAUCAAUUCACUGUAGUUCCUAUACAGUAGCUGUCGAACUUAAUUUUUUUGCUUUCCACAAGCACUCGCAAACAUACGUCCAUGGCCUUUCGUGCCAUUCUCUCAAAUUUCGUUGAGGAAUUUGAGUGAACGCAAUGCCACCCACAUUACCUUUCGGGAUUGUCGCCUGCACUUUUUCCGACAUCCUUUCUCGAAAUAGCUGUAUAUUGCAGUAAUUGUAACUGCAGCAGCUUUAAGUUACAAGUUAAUUAAGUUUUUAACAAUUUCAUUUUUCUUCUGCCAAGAUGUGAAUCUUCAAAAGCGAACAAUGCGUGACGCUUUCAUCGAUGGUAUGAAGCCCAAGGCCGAAGGAAAUAAGACAGGCGACACUGAGAAACAACCUUCGAGAAAGCAGAGUUUUUCGAGGCGCUUUAUCCAAGCGCUGUUUUCUAAUGAAGAAAAUGACGAUAAUAUAGCUGGAGAACAAUUACCGGCUGACAUCAAGAGCUUGAAUGAAUCAGCUUCUAAACGCUCAGGCGAGAUAGACGGGUGUUCUUCUUUUAAACCAAAAGAUCAGGGCCAGGAAGAAAUGUUAAAAGGCGUCAAAAGUUUGCCUAAUGAACGAAAAAUAAGUGUUCUUGUGAGUAUAGUUUAUGGAUUGAUAGGAGUUGACCCCGCUACUGAUGAACAGAUGAACGAAGAGUCAAAGAUGGAUACAAACUCUGAGUCACCGGGGAACAUUGUUGGUAAAGUAUUCGGCAUUCAAGAGACAAACAUCGGAAAAGGAGCAACAGAUUUCAAAGCUAACUCUUCAGUUUCUAUCGAGCACCUUGGUGUUGACAAUAAAGGAUAUAAGAGUGAAACAGAAUUGGGUGUUCCUGCGUUACAAAACAACAAGACCAAAACAGUUCCCCGAGUUACAUCCGGUGACCUCGAAUCUGCACGUCCAGUUUCGCCCAAACCUAAGACAGUACGAGCCUGGCUCAAGGAUCCACAUCUAUAUAAGGUGAUUUAGGUUCUUGGUUUUUUUCUGCUUUUGCUUUUGCUUUUUUAUAUUGGGAUUUGUAAGUUUUUCUGCAUGGAAUUAAAGUUACCCAACAGGUUCUGAUCGAAAAUUUUGUCUCUUUGUGAUUUUUUCACGUAGGUGGCUAUCAUCUUCACGUGCACAAUGUCUGUCAUAAGCCUGGCGUAUGCCUAUCUUCCAUUGUUUCUUAUCUACAGAGUGCAGUUUGGAAAGGUAGGGGCCGAGGAUACGAUAUAUAUAUACUCACAAAAAUUAGACACAUAGCCAGUGCCACCUGCGCAAACUCAUUUUCAGGAGCAUGAAGCGUCUAGUACAAGUGCGGUUUUUAUAUACCGCACCCGUAUUGGACACUAUAGACCAUAUACCUUAAUUCAAAUAAUUGGCCAGAUAUACUCAGAUAGUGGCACUUGCUUUAAUUCUAUUAGUUCAAUCUGCGUUUGGUAAUACCUGCAUGCAUUAGAGAUGGGUUGCUUUGAAAAGAUAUUCACGAUCUUGUGUUCCUCUAAGACGUCGUCAGUAAGUAGCUGCUAGGUUUUUAAUACUUUUUGCUCUACGCUUUGAACAGGAGGCCAUAGCGUAUUUGCCACUUAUAAUGUUGAUAAGUGCAGCGUUGUCUUCGGCACUGUCCAAGAAACUUGUAGCCAUAAUUGGAAGCAAGGUAAGAAUCAUUUCCUAGAUUUUUUGAAAUUAUUGUCCUAUAAACGAAAAAGCGAAACGCACUUUUAGCAAUGAAGAAAUACAUCUCUCUAUCUUGUUCUGUCUUGGGUUUACGUACAUUUCCAACUGAAAUGGUCCAGUUGUGCUUCAGGAAUGCUUGUUCGAAAAUUGCGGUUUCAUUGAAGGCGACCCCCGAGGGUUCCGUGUCGGUUUGCAUAAUGGGGCGUAUGGGUGCAGUGUAACUGCAUGCAAGGCCGUGUCCCAGGCGUCCUUUUAACUACACCAAAGCCCGCUACAUUUCUAAAUUUUUUCAAAACCGUAAAAACCUUGUUUGAAAUUGAAAUUGAAAACCUAAUGUAAAAGACUACUCACAGUCCAACUUUUCUCUUAGAUCCCGUUACUCACAGCUAACGCCUUCGUUUCUCGCCCCUCGCAACUUUGCCAUCUCACCGCUCGAGCUUGCUACCGCCGUAACUCACUUGAAGAAAAUAAGAGACUCUUUGCAGACUAAAAAAAUAUGUUUUUUCUUUCUUUGUAUCUUUUGCACCUCUCAUAUAGAGAUAAGUAGCUUUAUUAGUUACGGGUCUUUAUUAUUUACGCUAUGAAUCUAGUACAAUUAGUUGCUUGGCCUUUGACAAAAACACCAACAUUUUUUAGUAAGUUAACUUUAAUUACGUUAAUUUUAAAACUGCGUACUUUGUUUUUGUUUUUUGUUCUAGUGGUGUUUUGUCCUUGCUGCCCUCUUCGUGAUUACAGCUGGUGUAUGGUUUUAUUUCAUCACCAAGUCCAACAGAGUAAUGACCUACCCAGCCACUGUGUUACUGGGGUUUGGCUUUUCCGCCAUGCUCGUGAAUGCACUAAGCUUUGCUGCGGAACUCAUUGGAGACAACAAAGUGAGUUCACUCAUUUAAAUGCCGCCGAAGAAAAGGACGACGAUUAAGAUUGAUUUUUUACAAUAACUACAAAGAAUUGCCAUGUAACACAAUAACCCUUUGAUUACAAAAAUACUUACAUUUUUCUCCUUUUUUGUGGAAUACCAAUUCUUCUGAUCGGGUAUUUUCUUUCUGCUAUAUAGAGCACAUCUGGAAUCGUAUUUGCCUUUAUGAGUUUAAUGUCAUACGUAACUGGCGGAAUAUUGAUCACUACAAUACAGAAUUUGUUUCCUGAAGGAAGGUAAUUGUGCACUUUGUAGUCUAAAAAUAAUUUUCAGCUUUUUCAAUCUAUGUGUCAGAGAGUGACAUCAACCGUCAAUCAAAACAUACCAAGCAUAACUACAAUGGUACUCUAAGGCCUCAGGAUCUAAUGGAUUUACCUGGGGGAAUUCAUAACUAUGGCUAUAACUUCGGCACAGAUGGAGCUGAAUCAAAACUUGGCGCCGGCACAAAAAAAACUCAUUGUCCUUAACAUUUUAAAGUAUAAAUAGUGUGUUAAUAAAUCAUGUGAUAUUUCACGCGUGACUAUUUUUCUGAAAGUAAGUUCAAUAAUUGAGAAACUGGUGGCGAAAUCAAGAAAUAACACUGAUUUUCUUCACUUGUAUUAAAUAUUUCUAUCACUUCACGUUUGGAAUGACUGUUCAUAUGCACUUUGAUAAAAAUUUUUGAGGGAAAAAAUCAUUUUAAAAGCCCAAAUUUAAUCUUGAAUUACUUGAAACUUUCAUUUUAGACUUCAUUCCAAACUUAGAAAGAAAAAAAUAUGUUUUCCUCCUAUCAGAUUCCAAUUUACUUAUGCAAACAAAGUAAAUUCGCCACCAAUUAGCCAAUUUCCCUCAGGUUUAAUUUUUUUGGUCUCGUAACAUAUCACGUGACCAUAAUGUUGAGGCACAAGAAGACCUCGAGAUGAACUUUUGGGGAAAAAUGCAUCUUGUUCUUGGAAUCGUAGCGAGAAAAAUUGCCAAUUAAUCAUAUGCUCAAAACACCCUUUGGGCCUUGAGUUAUUAACUUCUUCCAAACAAGGUCUGUUCGGUAAACUUCCGAAGAUAUGCCGAACGACCGCAUGCCGAGAGUGGUCAACUCGAAGGCAAUGACCCACCUUUUAGCAAGCAAUGGCCGAAAAAGUAUAAGCCAUAAGAUGCCAGACCAAUAGGGUAAUGAUCUGUUAUAGAGUAUACUGUAAUGCACGAUGGGAUCAUAAUGCAGACUAGCCUGCGAUAAUACUCUCUGGGAGGCUCAAAGGGGAGGAAUAAGGGUGAGGGGUCUCGGAGACUUCACUCGCAUGCUGAAGCGGAUAUGAUACGGUUUGUCAAAUUUUUAAUCUGACGUUCAGUCGCUCGAGGCCCGGCCUCGUCCGUCUUGUUCUUUGUCUGGCCAGAAAUUAACUUCUAAUAUAAAUAGAAACGUCUCGGUAAAGAGUCCUUAAGUCAAAAAAUACCACACGAAUUUUUUGGCUGCAACACUGAUUGACCAUCCUUGGCCCAUUUAUAUUGAUCGCUUUUUUCAGUUAUGAUGUUAUUAGGCUCUUGACCACAGAAAAGAAAACUUCAUGAAUAUACAGACAUUGGAUUAUUUCAGACUGCUUCGUUUAUUAGUCCUCGUUAAGACCAAAAGAGCAUUUCCUCCACUACAACCAAACAAUUCUAUUCGCAGGAAAUCAGGGAUAAGAAAACAGCAAAAAUUUAACAUGCUUGAGAAACUGACUCUUCGCAAAUUGAGUUUAUUUUUUCUUUGCAGUAACGAUGAAAACUGCGACGAGUGUGGAGACUACGUACGUCACGUGUUUUCGUUCGUACCAGGCUCUCUCGCUGCCAUUAGUUUGUUGGUUGUUUUGCUGUUCCAUGCUUCAAAAACCAUUUGCAAAGAAAAUGGUGAG